GAGGCGGAUUUCCUCAAUCCCUGCAUCCUCUCACCGCCCUCGAUCCAGGUGCAGCCUCAGGUUGAAUAUAGGCAUGGGAUGUCUGUUGCUCAACACUACCCAAGCAGAGGCUGUGUGACAUGUGAAUUGCAAACUUACGUUUAGGACAAACACUUCUCAAGAGUUAGUUUGGAUCAGCACUAUGAUGGAGGAACCCAUGCCUAUGGAGGAGAAGAGUCAGCCACCAAGUCCUCAUCAUGGCUCCCUCAGGAAGGCAAUGGCUGCUGCCCUGGCCUUUGAUGGUGAAGGCACAAUGGGCCGAAGGAAAAAGAAAAAGAAGGAAUCUCGGCCAGAAUCUAUUAUUGUCUAUCGGUUAGAAAAUGAAAAAGCAGAUGAGGAACAGGAAGAAUAUGAAGAAGGAGAACGUUCCAUUGAGGAGGAGGGAGACAAGUUCCUUGGCCACCCUAUGGCUGAGGGUUUGUGGAACAUGCCCCAAGACAGCCGCUAUGUCACAUUAACAGGCACUAUCACUCGAGGGAAGAAGAAGGGUCAGAUGGUAGACAUCCAUGUUACUUUAACAGAGAAGGAGCUGCAGGAGUUGACCAAGUCCAAGGAGUUAGCAAAUGAUGCUGCACCAGAGGGAAAGAAGGCCUGCCAAAUAGCAGCAGACCAAGGUCCACAUGUGGUCUUGUGGACAGUGAUCUGCCUGCCUGUGAUUUUUGUCCUUUCUUUCAUUGUUUCUUUCUACUAUGGUACAAUCACUUGGUACAACAUUUUUCUGGUGUACAAUGAGGAAAGGACCUUUUGGCACAAGAUCUCCUGCUGCCCCUGCCUCAUCCUCUUUUAUCCAGUCCUCAUCAUGGCUGUGGCCUCUUCUCUGGGCCUCUAUGCUGCUGUAGCCCAGCUCUCAUGGUCCUGGGGAGCAUGGUGGCUGGCUGCCCGAGACAUGGAGAAAGGCUUCUGUGGCUGGCUCUGUAGCAAGCUUGGCCUGGAAGACUGCUCACCCUACAGUAUUGUGGAACUGCUCGAGUCUGACAAUAUCUCUGGCAGCCUCUCCACCAAGGAUCCCACACAAGUGGAAGAAACCUCUGCUGUCUAACCACCCCAUUUCCCCCUAGGCCCUUGUUCUCUUCCAGAGUGGGCCAAUGGCAUUACUCUUUAUGUGCCAUUUCAAAUUUCCGAAGAGUACAUGGGAAUAAUAUCUGGAUCAAUGAUACCUUCCUUGUUCUUCUGAGUAAACUUAGCUUUCCCCAGACAUUCCAUCUAAUAUCUGUCAACCUGCCUACUUUGGUGGCUCAAUCUGGAGUUCCAUGGUAGCCAGGAAAGAAGGAGA